GAACUGAACAGCGUUCUUGUCAGGAGUUCGCUGCCAGGCAUCACCACCCGCAAAAGUCGAUUAGUGAGAUUCAAAGGCCUUAACAGUUACGCCAAAAAGCAGUGAUAAUCAAUGCUCAGCAUGAUUAUCGCAGACAGUAUUUAUGCUGAUUAUGGGAACUCAGUAAUCGUUUGCCAUGGCGCGAUAUAAAGCCAACUCUGAGAUCUGAAGCCUUGUCAUCGCUUGCAAGUUACAUCUUACAAUCCAUAACAAAUUCAUGGCAGAAUCAAAGGUCUGGUUAGGUAAGUUCUUGGUAUCUCCUCAUCGAGCUUUGAGAAUUGACGAAACUAUGGAAGUCACUGGAUCGUCCUCGGGAUUUGGUCGCUCCAUGACCGAACUCCUGUUGAAGAACGGAAACAAAGUGGUCGCAACUCUACGCCGCAAAGAAGCCCUAUCCGGUCUCGCCGAACAGUAUCCAUCUUCUCAGUUGUUGAUCGUCCAGACGGAUGUUGUAAAGACUUCCGAGGUUGUUGCCGCAUUCGCAAAAGCCAAAGAGGCAUUCGGACGUGUCGAUGUUGUAUUCAACAACGCGGGUAUGGCUAUUCUCGGAGAGACGGAGUCCAAGAGCGAUCAGGAUGCUCGUCAGAUCUUCGAAGUGAACUUUUGGGGUGCAUCAAAUGUCACGAGGGAGGCUAUUCGGAUGUUCAGGGAAGUGAACAAACCAAUAGGAGGAAGAUUGUUGCAGGUUUCUUCUUCGUUGGGAUUACGUGGAAGAGCUGCAGCGUCCUACUAUGCCGCAUCUAAACCCGCAAUGGAGGGAUUCAGCGAGAGUCUCGCGCAAGAACUGGACCCGGCUUGGAACAUAAAGGUUACCAUAAUCGAACCAGGUCCAUUCCGGACGGGGAUGUUCAAGGGUAACAUGCAACUUGUUCCUCAACAUCCAGCAUAUGCAGACCCAGAGCUACCUGGUUCUAAAUUCCGCCAGUUUAUGACUUCAACUCUGGCCGACGGAGACACUGAAAAGGUGGUGGUGGUCAUUGAGAAGCUCACUCACCUGGACGAUCCACCGCUAAGAUUUCCAUUGCACAGGCUUGCGGUCGGGGCCGCGAGAGAGAAGGUAAAGAGUCUCACUGAAACCAUAGAUAGAUACGAAUCCUGGACGGAAAACGUCUACUUCACGUAGUACAGUUGACACGUAGUGUUGACUUUGGACGGCAUUGAAGUACUUGGAUUUGUACUUACUCAGUCUUACACACAAUGCUGGUCCUAACAAAUGUGCCAGCACAUUUCGCACCAAUCGUCGACCAUUAAUAUUGUUGAUCGCGUAUGAGCAAAACCCGUAACGACGCAUAAAUCAUUCUGGAUGGGCCAUGCGUGAGAUUCGUGCCGUUCCUCGCGAGAUUUUCGGAGUCUAAGCUGAUCAGGAGCAAAUUGACGGUUCUGCAGUGUGGACAGGCUUACCA